AUGAAGAAACCAUCGAUGGUCUCAUUUCUCAUCACUCUCCUGUUGGCUGCAGCUUUCUGCACCCACGGGAAAGAACCGGUGAAAGACACCGCCGGAAAUCAAGUUAAAGCCGGUGAACAAUACUUCAUCCAGCCGGUUAAGCCCGAUGGUAACAACGGAGGUGGUCUUGUCCCAGCCGCCAUUUCUGUAUUUCGCUUUUGUCCACUUGGAAUCACCCAAUCACUCCUUUCAAAUCAACCGGGCCUACCGGUUAGCUUCGGAUUUCUAUCCUCGGUCACAGACACCAUCGUUAACACAUCCACCGAUGUAACCAUCGAGUUCAAGUCCGAGAUCUGGCCGUUUUGCAAAGAUUUUUCCAAGUUAUGGGCAGUAGAUGAUGAAUCCUCGUCGGCUGGCGAGAAGCCACCGAUCGUCAUCGGUGGCAAACCGGAGCAACCAAAUAGCCAGUUCAAGAUCGAGAAAGCCGGAGAAAGAGCCGACACUUACAAGUUGACCAGCUUGACCGGAACGGUAGGAGUCAGCCCAGGGAUAUGGGGAACACAACUAGUUCUCACCAAUGAUGAUGCCAAGACCAUACUCGUUAAAAUCAAAAAGGUUAAUAAUGAUGCCAGUACGGCUACUACUUCUACUUCUCGUGUUGAGAAGUUUGGUCUAAGGAUGUUCCCGUUCUACUAG